AUGAAUAUAUUCGCUCGAAUAGACUCUAUUGAAAAAGUAUUGCUGACGGUCGUAUUCAAUGAAUGGAUCCUUACCUCAUAUAAAAACUCUUUUGAAAGUAACAAAGUAUCGCGAAGUGAAGCAAGUCGGGACAAAAGCCGGAUAAUCCCGGACACACAUCCGGGCAGGGAUGUGGAAAUUAUAAUAAUAUGCGUCCUCUCCGGUUUUAGUGAAAGACGUUAUGAUAUUGACCAGUUUGAAGCCACAAAGUACGCCUGGGCUUAG